AUGGAGAGAAAGAGGAAACUUCCUGCCCGCGCUGCGCGCGUCGAAUCCGUCAGCAAGAAGCGCAUGUCAACUCCUCCAGAACAACGCACGCAAACACCAACGCCAACAGCGCCCUCCCCGCCCCUCGAAGAGAGCUUACCCAAGAGCAUUGCACCGGGCAAAGCACUCCCUACUGUCAAUGAGCCCCAACCAGUAAAUCUGCCGGCAAAAGAGUUUCAGUCGAUCUCUGAGAGCGGAGUUCUGCCAGAUUCCUUGCACAGAUCACGACAGAAAUGGCUGAGCGAGGGCAUAUUCGAGAAGUACUGGACGAAGCCGGUGAAGAGAAAGGGUGCUAUAGAGCAGCCUCCGAAUAAUCCCCUCAAGGAGUCGAUGACGAAGCUGGGAACAUGCACGAUCACCGUUGAGCCGCAUAUAUUUGAGGCUUCUAUGUAUGCUAUCAAGGACCCGAAUCCUCGUCCGGCUGUCCCUCCUGCUCAGCCUAUGUAUCGUCCCAUCAUUCAAUAUGGCCCGCCUGGCGGAAUAAUGCCUCCGCCACCUCCUACACCUCCGCCGGUCCAAGCAAAGCCAGUUGCUCCUACACAAAUUACUCCUCAACCAACUCCUACAUUGCAGGAUGUGCAAAUGACGAAUACGAGCCCUGCACCUGCCGUGAAUACACACACUGUUGGUCCAACCAACGGUCCGGCGAAUGGCCAUCCUGCACCUCCGGCAAGUCAUGCCCAAAAUACACCUGCGCCGUCAGCACCACUGCCUGCUCCAGCUCCGGCUGGCAAGAGUACAGAUCCUGUCAUCCAAAUGCUGGCGGAGAGAGCUGCAACGGACCCAGAUCUGAAGGCACUAAUGCGGAUUGUUGCAAAUGGGGAAGCUACACCUGAAGAGUUGAAGAAAUUUCAGAGCCACAUUGAUGAGCUUACACGGAUACAAAAGGCACGUCAGGCGGCAGCACAGGCUUCGCAACCACCUCAACCUCUGCCACCCUCUGCUACAGCCCCAGCUCCAGUAAAUGGACAUGCGACAGCACGACCAGCUCCAACCACUACAACCACUCCCGCUCCUCUACCCAGAACAGCCCCUACCCCUACUCCGCCUGCCUCGAGACCCGAGCCUCAAUACCAACAACCACAAGCACUGCGGUCGAAAGGUCCUCUUCCUCCUACAAAACCUGAUAUUUCAGGUGUAGUUUUCGAGUUCACUGGUGGCUCUGGUGACCGAUUCCUCUUCCCGAAAUUCAGCAUCUUGGAAUACCUUCCUGGUGGCCAAGUUAUUGCAUCAUUCCUAAUUGUUCGAAAAGGCAGCAGCAGUGACUCUCCCACAUACGAUCCCGAGCUCGACUACUAUCAACCGAUCACGAUCCGAUUAUACGCACACCAAGGUCGGCAGCUUGACGCUCUACAAAAGGUUGUUGCUCCUCAAGAAGAGGUCCGGAGAUAUAUGGACGAGAUCAUGGACAAGACAACCAGGGCAGAAUACGUUCUUCUAGCUAUGCGUCUUCCCAGAGACGCCGAGCAAGCUCCCGCAGUUGGGAAGGUCGAAGAAGCAGAGAAGACUCAUCAGAUGGAUCCGAAUCCGCUCUGGCCAACCACAAACCCGACACCCAUACCAAAGGUCAAGCCCGCGAAAAAGUUGAUUACAGAAGAUGAGUCACAUCAGGCGUUCAUCAACUCGGUUGCGGCUGUCAUCGAACGAUAAAGUUUUGUAGUUCUUUUAAAGGAUGGCGCGUUUUACAUCAGGGCGGAGUCUGGAUAUUGUGGUGUCUUUGGAGGGAAUUGAACUGGAGGGUAAUAUGGAAUGGCGUCAUUCGAGCCUCGAGGCUUGGGAAUCAAAAAGGAAGUGUAUUCUAGAAAGAGUUACAGCGGCGUAUCAGUCUCUAUUAGAGAUAAGUUCAAAACAGG